AUGCAAGACAACGCCGGGGACGACAUAACACCGUCAUCCAUUCCCGAUCAGGAUGAGGUACUCUCAAUGGACAACGCCAUUCCCGGCAACCCACUGCUAUCCAUCGAUGACCAGCCUGCAGUGGGUGAGUUCCUCCGGGCAGAGCUCUCAACAAUGCGGUUAAGACGUGUCUACGGCAUCUUGUUCCUCACCUCUAAACCGGACAAUAUUAGCCCCCUACACCACCAACAAAUCAAAGGAAGGGACAUCUGCAUCACCGAGCGACCCGACCUCCACUUGGUUUGGCACUAUGAGCGAAUCUUCAUCAAGCCCAUCCCCAAGAGCCUCUUCAGCUCUGAAUUUUGGGAGAAACACAUUGUCGGCGCUGACACUAGAGACACGGGCAGCGACUCCUUUCGGGCCGAAGCAGAAGGCUUCCUGCGCACAUACGCGCGCCUCAUCACGCACGAAUCUGACCUGCAUCUUGCCAAAAGGCUUCACCUCGUGCCAGAUACUCUGACCUGGAACGGCUGGUGCCACUACAUCCAGCGGUUCAGAUAUCUCCGGGACAGAGAUGUAGCGCAGCGUUACCACUUUGGCGAAAUACGCCUCACGAGACUCAACUUCUGGCACAGCCUACGGCACGGCCGCAGCUACUUUCAAGUCCAUCACAACUACGCCACCUUCUUUGCACGCUUUGGCGCUCCUUAUAUCUUUGUCUUUGGCGCCGCCACCGUCUUCUUGACAGCCCUACAGACGGGGCUCGCGGCGUAUCCCCAAUGGGGCAUUUAUCAGGACCUGGCUUCCAGGAUUGUGCCCUUUACCUUGGUACUGACUUUUGCGGGGCUGGUAUUGCUGCCAAUGUUGUUUGUCUUUUUCCAGAUUAGAGAGCUCUUUUUCUUUUGUUUUGCCUAUCAGCCCUUGUCAUGA